AUGCAUUUCGCACCGUUGCUGCUGCUAUCCGCCCUUGGCGUCGCAGCUCACCCUUCGGGCCACGCCCACAUGCACCGCGACUUCCACGAGAAGCGCAACCCUGCUCCCAACCCGGCUGCCGGCGACAUCAUCACUGCCACCAUCAACGGCAAGGUUGUCUCGUGGACCCAGGGACCUGAUGGCGGCUCUCCCUUCAAGAAGGCCGGCAAGCCCGUCGUCCAGCCCUCGACGACCGCCGCCCCCCUCGUGAAGCCCACCCCCGCUGCCGCGAGCUCGCCUCCCGCUGCCUCGUCGUCGGCUGCCAGCACCUCGGGCGGCUCCACCGGCAGCGGCGCCAACACCUACGAGCCCUUCUGCGGCGGCAGCAAGGCCAAGCGCGUGACCCUCGACCAGAUCAAGUAUAAGGGCAAUGUCGGCGUGGCCGGCUCGUACGGCUGCAACAUCAAGCUCAUCGAGUCCACCAUCGCCGAUAAGUACAAGUACACGGCCAGGAUCAAGGGCGGCUCCUCCAAGUACACCUGCGCCGUCUGGCUCAAGGUCGGCCCCGACGGUGGCAUCAACGGCUUCUUCAAGAACAACGAAGUCCACACCUUCACCAUCCCCGCCAACGGGGAGCAGUGGCUCGCCUUUGACGACGACACCCAGGGCGGCUUCUGCUGCUCCAAGGGUGACGCCGCCGCCACCACCUCCUUCGGCCAGUACGUCUGCCCCUGGACCGAGUUUGACUUUGGCAACACGUCCAAUGGUGGCUGGUCCGGCUUCGAUGCCUCGGCCCUUGUUGCCGGUGCCACCGGCGCCGCCAUGGACGGUCUCCAGGUCUGCGCCAAGGGCACCUGCUCCACCCUCUACCAGGGCGGCGGCGGUCAAAACGCCUACCUUCCCGGCAUGGAGGCUGAGGACGGCAUCGGUGGCAACAUCGCCCCCGGACCGCUCACUCUCAAUGUCAAUGUCGCCUUCCAGCAAUAA